GUUGCUUUAUUUAUUCUAUUUUUAAAACUUAAUUUUUCUGUAGUAUUUUUUUUUGUAACUAUUUUCAUAAUUUCAAUUUCUUUCUCAAUCAAUAAUAACCAUUAUUAACUGGUAUCAUGGUUAACGCGAGCUUAGCAUAUGAAAUACUGAUGUAUAUAAAUUCAUUUUAUUUCGGUCUCUUUGCCACUUGUGAACUUGGCACAUUAGUUCUGAAAUCAGCUAUCAUAACAAGUGUUUACGAAGUACAAAAGGAUCCUACGAAAAUCGGGCAAGACUAUGGUGUUUUGUUAGGGCUCUUCGUCGUUGAAGCGGCUCGACUUAUACUGGGUCGCAGGGGCAGUUUAAGUGAGAAAGAUGCACCAGUGUUAAUAUCUGUGGUGCUGACAAUUCCUUCAAUACUCGGCGUUCUGUACCUCCUGAUCUGGCAGGUGGUGGUUCUUCGUAUUGAGUACAUUUGGUGCACUCUCAUGCUUGCCAUACAGUCGUUGGAGUUGGUAUUUGCAUCCAUGUUUGUAGUCACAAUGUGCAAGGGACCAUCAUAUGCUUGAAAUGAAAAAAAAAAUGUGGCGUCAAGUGGUAUGCUUUUUAAAAUUGUUCCUAUUUCAAAAGUAUUUGAAGAUUGCCAUAAUUAUUUAUACAACUCUAUGUUUUCUAUGUCUCAAAGAAAUCAGAAUUUUUAGUUACCUUUUUAAACUUUGUACUCUUAGAACUCUUAUUUGCAAAGCUUUCAUUAUUUGAAAGCUAAACUAAGAUUCAGAUGAUAUUUAAUCAUUUUAAUGAAUAAUAGUGGUAAUUAUUAGUCAUCAAAAUGAAUUAAACUCAAAAUUUAAUAUCAGUAGCAACAAUACAUUUACCAGUACUAUGGAUUUUUUAUCUUAGUUUUCAAACAACAAAAUUAAAAUAACAUUCACAUUUUUGCCAUUUUAACUUUUUAUUAAAAUGGCACUAUUUAUUAAAGUUUUUAUUCACAUGUAUGUUACAUUUUACUAUUAUAUGUAAGCAUAUUAAAAUAUUUAAAUAAGCAAUUAUACAAAUAUGUGUGUUAUCACUGAAAUAUGUGAAACUUAUACAUAAUUGGCACAAAUGAAUUUUAUUAUGAACAUAUUUUCAUAGUGCAGUUUUUCUGCAUAUUUGACAUAAAGAAUUUAGGGGAGUAAAUGUACAACCAAGUCACAACAAAGUAUUAUAACUAUAAAAAUCUAUUUUAUACUUUUGAACAGUCUCCAAAAGUGGUAUUUACCUAGUAUUUAUUAUAAUCAUUAUAAAUAUUUUCAUAAAUUUAAUUCUUUCACCUUGUUGUAUACUGAUGUGCGUAACAAUGCUGAGAAUUCAUUUUACCAAGUUUUAAUUAAAAAACAUUAAGAUAUCAUACAUUUGUAAAUUAUAUAUUUAUAUAUAAUAUAUAUAAUCGGCGAUAUUAGAAGUCCAAUAUAGUAAAAUCCAGCCCAUGUGUAACACAAGUGAUAAUGUGGCCUUUAUUUAUAUGUAUUUAUACAAAAAUAAUCAAUCUAUAUCUUCCAUUGUAUGUACUGUAGAAGCUUUUAUCGUAAACAUUAUUUUAUCAGAACCUUUUAAAUAAUAUUUUUAGACCUCAUCUUUUCUUCGCCGUAUGGCAAACAUGUCGUACGGCGGAAAAAAUGUGUGCUAAUUUAUACAUUGUCAAAAGGUCCAAGCCUAUGGUGCAAGCAUUUCGGAAUAUAUUCAUUUAUUUAUUAUUCCGAUAUGUAAAAAUGAAAGCAUGCAGUCGGCGAUAGAUUGUUUUUGGUCAGGUACUGCGGAGACGACGGCGUGGAUGAGUAAUUAAUCUCAAGACAAUUAAGAGGUUCUGAUAUAAUUUUUAUCUAAGUAAGUUUAUUUUAAUAUUUGGAGGGUAGCUAUUCGAAAGAAAGGCCAAGCUCAUGUUGAAGAUAUUGCCUAGAUCAGAACUGAUGGUUCCUGUCGUAGUAAAAUCACUUACAAAAUGUUUGCUAAGAUAGGAUAAGAUUGUUUUAUGUUUCGAAUAUUGCAGGAAGAUUCCUUUUUUAUUGAUUCUUAUUCUUUAACAUAUUCAGAAAAGUAACAAAACUAGUCAUUUUAAAGGAUCUUAAUAUAUUUGUAUUUUACAACAACUUUCUAGUCAAAUUAUAAUCAUUUUAAUAUCAAAUUCGCACUUCAUAAUCAAACAAUAUACUUACUCGAAGUAUUCCUCGCCAUUAUUGUGUCUUCAAUUUAGUUAUAAGUAACUUCUUUACUAUUAAAAUGUACGUAUGUUGUAAUUUGUGCAUCAAUAUAAAUAUUUACAGUUGAAACUAAGUAUUUGAUUUAUCUCGUUAGCGUUAUUA